UGUGUGUGUGUGUGUGUGUGUGUGUGUGUGUGUGUGUGUGUGUGUGUGUGUGUAAGUGUGUGUGUGUGUAGAGCUUUCCACCCUGAUGAUUAAGUAACACAAGUAAAAGGAAAUAAAAGCUCAUCAUUGGAAUCUCAGCUUGACGUCUUCGCAGAGGUCAAUUGAUUAUAUUAAAUCAUCUGCCUCGUCAACAGCUAAGGCCAUUUUCGUCGAUUAAACCAUAAAAAAAAACUAUCAACCAAUAUCAUAAAUACAAAAAAAAAACAAUAAAUAUCACACUAAAAAUCAAAACAUAAACAUUAUGCUUUACAUGUAUAAAAUCAUUGCAUAAAUAUAAUAAACAUAAUCAAAUUUCGUCGACCUACCACACUCAUUACCACUACCGGCCUAAGCACGACCACAGUGGCAGGUCUGCAGGAGCAAGGAAGGCAAAGGCUCCUCAGUCUGCCCUUGCUUUCUAGGUCCCUUUGGGCUCCCCUUCACAUCGUUAAGGAAAAAUACAUUGAUUAGACAAAUUACGACUUUGAAGUAUAGCACAGUGUUCAUUUAUAUUAUUUACUUGUAUUAUUCAUUUAUAUAGAUAGAUAGAUAGAGAGAGAGAGAGAUAGGUAAGUAUAUAUAUAUAUUUUUUUUUCCUUUUUUUAGUUUUUGUAAUGUGUCCCUAUGUCAAGAUCUUAUUUCUCCGUGAAUAUGUUCAUAUCUGGAAAAUUUAGGAUGGAAACAGGCCUAUGCCUAUUUGCUGUCCCUCCUUUGUUGCGUAUGUCAGAUAAUAAUUUUGAAAUUUACUAAAAAUCAUUCGGGUCCAGAUAACCUGACUCAAAAAAAGAAAAAAGAAAAAGAAAAAGAAUAAGAAAAAAAAAAUAUAUAUAUAUAUAUAUAUAUAUAUAUAUUGUUAAUUUCAACCGAGCCGAAUUUGUGCUAAGUCGACGUCAUGAAUACUAUUUUAAAAAAUGAGACAAAUUCAUGGAACAUAUAAAGUAUGACCAUAUUUACGUAAGUUUGGUCAUAGUAACAAUGAAAGGUUGACCUAGUAUUUUUUCUUUUUUCUUAUUUGAUCCUCAGCACAACGAACAAGAACAUCGGGCAUUCAGUGUCUGAUUAUCAACUGCCAAUAUAUUUCUGUAGCUAUCUGUUCUGGCUACAAAAGCUUCUAAUGUUUCUAUUCAUAUGUUUGUAUGUAUGUGUCUAUGAUAAAAUACUCAAACACAUUUUCACAAUGACUAGCUUGCCAGUUAUAGUUUUUUAAACUGCAAACUCGGGCAUCGUCGAUUUGGCUGACCGUAUAUAUAGAGAGGAGCAGCACAGAUUCCCUCAGAUGUUGUUUUCCUCCCGGAGUGAGAAGACGAUUCGUUGUUUGGAUAAAAAAAAAACUCAGGUGCCAUCACAGGUACUGCACUCCAUAAGCAUCUUUCGGGCCGAGUCGAUCGCUGUAAAACCAGGUUGUGCCUGCUUUGGGAAACGUAGGAGAUGUGAAACAUGGGUUGUGUACCGCAGAGAUUUUCACCUUACCAUCCGGGGAGUAAGGCUGCUCUCUUUCCUGUUGCUGUCGUAUGCGCUGUCAUUGUCUAUGGUCUGAUGAGCAUUGCACUGUUGAACGACUCUACAAUGGAAGUUAGGAAAACAGCUAUCCAGUACAAGGAAAAAAAGUCUAUCCACGCCCCUGGACCUUGGGUGCCGCAGAAGAAGUGGGUGAAGUUUCCUGAUCGCAUGUGGCACGGAUAUCAACUGCCCGUGCUGACGGCCCAGCCUCUCGGACGCAUGGGGAACAUAAUGGGGGAAUACGCGACUCUGUGGGCCCUGAAACACAUCUACAAUACCACCGUGCUCGUGAUGCCGCGGAUGAGGUUCAAGCUGUCGUGUUUCCCUUCGCUUUCUCUCCCCGACUGCCCCGGCGGCUGCAACACGACGGGCUGGAAGCGAGUGGGGAGAAGCGGGGGAAUAAGUCGUUACGAUUUCACGAAAAUUGAAAAUGCCGCCGCAGGUCUCUUCGGACCCGAAACCUUCGUCCUUACAAAUUGUCUUUUCGAAAUUCAACUGUUCAAUUUUUUUAAGGAAGACCUGAGACGAGAAUUUACAUUCUCCGAAGAGAUACAACGAAAGGUGAGAGAGUUCUUGGCACGCGUGCAGCGGGAGUGGCAGGCCAUCAACAACAGCACGGUCCUCCCGGUGCUGGUCGGGUUCCACGUCCGCCGAACUGACUACGCACAACAUGCCUUUAGGCUCUUCGGAGGGAAGCUUCCCGGGACCACUUACUUCACGAGGGCCCUCAAUUACUACAGGCGAAAGUUUUCCAACGCUGUGGCCUUCGUGGUCGCUUCGGACGACAUGGGCUUCGUCAGGAUGAAGCUCGGGAACAAUUCGGAUGUGUAUUUCUCCGCUGGUACAUCUGCGUUCGAGGACAUGGCGCUGCUCUCGUCGUGCAACCACAGCAUCGUCACUCUGGGCAGCUACGGCUUCUGGACGGGGUACCUGGCGGGCGGCGAGGUCGUCUACCCGGACGUCCGGACUCAUAGGCGGUACAGAUUUGCUAGAGAAAUGUACGAGAUCACCGGAAUCGCCAACUUCACUCCCAUUUUCCCCGAUUAGGCUCUCACCUGGACGCCGAGAUUCCUUAGUACUGUCGUUUAGCAACUUUGCUGCAUCUACCGGCCCUGGAAUGGUUGAACCAUGUGUGCGCGUAUGUGUGUGAAGGUGUAUGUGCAUUAUACACACACACACACGCACACACACACAUAUAUAUAUAUAUAUAUAU